CUAAAUUUUUUUACCCCACACUUUCUGAUUGAGAAACUCCUCUCUUCGAAGCUUUAACGUUUGUGUCCAUCCAUAAGGCCGCCAAGUUUCUCCGCAAACACAUGUAGCCAAAAAAUUAUGGCGGUAGUCAAUAUAUUUCCAAAAAACGUUGUAUUUACGUUUUGUAUUUUAAUUUAUUCAAUAUUUUCCACUGCGGAAACAUCACGAUUAAACGUUCCCCGUGUGUUGCUACCAGUUUUCAACAACUUCCCAGUCAACUUUACUCUUGAAGUCACCGAGGGAGGUUGCUACCAAUGGUCAACAUCACGUCUGGAUGUGGUUCACCUCAUCCCCAUGAAUGAAAAUCCAGACAGGACCUGUUCCUCCGCUGUUCUCGUUCAAAGUAUAUCCAGAGAACUCACCAGGAACACGGCCAUUGUUCUGGCAGAAGAUGUAAACACAGGACAAUUCCUCAGAUGCGAUGUUAUCGUGGAUGCAAUAUAUUCGCUGAAUCUGGUAACAACAACGAGAGAAUUGUUCAUCGAGGAGGCACCAGAGGCUUUCGAGGUUCGAGCAUACGACGAGCAAGGAAAUGAAUUCACAACCCUUGCUGGGGUAAAAUUUGAGUGGAGCAUUGGGAAUGGAGAGAGGUUUAGUGUCCAGGGGGAUAUUGGCAACAGCAUACUCAGGUUUAUGACCUUCCACGAAUCGCCUUACGAGACCCCCUCGACUAUUGCCAUGUUGGAUGGCACCGGGAAUCAAGGGAGCAUUAUUCUGUUAGAAGGCGUCAAGACAGGUACCGCCAAGGUCGAGGCAAAACUCCCUUAUUCUGAAUAUAAACAUGUUUCUCCGGUAGAGGUUGAACUCAUUGUUGUUGCUAAUUUGAUUAUUUUACCGACCGACGUUACCAUGAUGGCGUUUGAUACUCUGAAGUACAAGAUUAUGCAGGUGCAUCAGGGUCGUUUAGAAGAGAUAAAACUGCCAUCGAAUCAAUAUUACGUCGUAGCUGAAACUCCCGCGAUUGUCCAAAUUGAUAACGAGCAGGGCUAUGCCUAUGCCCUUCAAGAAGGGAGAUCCAAGGUCCUGUUACACGAUAAAAAUGUCAACGAAGAAUAUGGAAUUGUUUUGCCCACUGCCACAGUCCAUGUGAAUGCUGUCGAGUACAUUACAAUAACAGUAUUGCCUAACAGAAACAGGGGAAUGAUUCUGGGCCACACUCACGAAAUUAUAGUUGAAUUAUUUGACGCCAAAGAUCAUAAAUUUCACAUCGGCGAAGGUGUGCAAGUCUCCGUUGAAAUUGAUCAGAAAUUCUUCAAGACCGUUAGUGUCACUCGAAAUGGUACUCACAUCAUUGGAGUCCCUAUUGCCUGUGGCACAACAACUGUUGAGGGGAAAUUACAUGGAGUAAUUAAUAAACGUGGAAAAAAAAUUGCAUUGCCGACACCCCUCACUGCAAAAGCUGAGUUGGUGAUUCAUACACCAGUAGUCGUUACUCCUCAAGUUUUGGCUGUCCCUUGGGAACCACAGAGCAAAACUAGAUUUGACAUUGCCCUGAAAGCAACUGGAGGUGAUGGCACAUAUGUCUGGUCAACGCGAACUCCCUCAAUCGCCUCAGUAACCCAGAACGGUGUUGUGAGAAUCCUCUCCCAAGGUUCCACCGACGUGAUCGUCUCCAUGGCACGCAACAACUACAACAAAGAUCGAGCCAGAGUCUACGUAAUGCCUCCCACACGUCUUGAAAUCAUCCAAUACAAUAUGGAUGCAGCUAUAGGGGAGCCAAUCCACCUCUUCAUAGCUUUGUAUGGAAAGAUUCAAGAAGAUGGGAAAGAAAUUCCCUUCACCGACUGCAGAGACACAUCAUUCGAGGUCCACAUCACUGAAUCCAGCUUCAUCCGUAACGUCACGGAUUUUGUCCAGCCUAUUGGCAUUGCCUGCACGACAUUGACUGUAAUUGGUACCUCAGUAGGAUCAUCAAGCAUCACCGUCGCCUACAAUGCCAAUGGCCAAUAUCUCACCGAUAACGUAACCGUCUCAGCAUAUCCCCCACUGAUCCCCAUUCAUCCAUCAAGUGGUGAGACUCUUUUGGCUGUUGGAUCCUCUCGAAAAAUCAUCUUCAAAGGUGGCCCCCAGCCUUCCACGCAGAAACCUCAAGGAUUUACUCGUGAAUUAUCAAUAUCUGACGAAGAAAUAGUGAAAAUUUCAGAAAUCGACAACACAAGUGGACAAUCAGACGUAGCAAUCUUUGAAGUAAUCUGCAGAAGUCUGGGAGACAUAAUCUUCACGUUUAAAGUGUCCAACGAGCCAUUGCUUCCCAACUGUCGAAGCACUGGUGCCUCAUCGACUGUCAGAAUAAUCUGUGGAAAACCCAGACAUAUCUACCUCCAACCAGAGUUCAAGGACAGCGACAACUGUCCCAUUAUGAACAACCCUGACACGGUGAUGGCACACAAUGAUAAACCACUUCAUCUCAAUGUCAUUAUCAGGAACGACGAUGGGAGACGCUUCGAUAACUUCACUAGUUUGAAUGUAGAAUGGACACUGAUUCCCUCUGGAGUUGGAACCGUCGAAAUUACGAGUGGGAUUCUCGAGGAAACAUUUGUAGAUUUCAAUGUAGUCCUUCCUAAAAAUCAUUAUCAGACAGUACUUCCGAAGAAGCACACAGGGACGCUGACUAUAGCUGCCAGAGUAACUGAUUAUCAGAAGUACAUCCUAGCUAAGCUAAGAAUAGCUCCAGAAUGGCCACCAUUCCCAGUGACCACUGAAAAAGGAACCCUAGUCACUCCGAAGAUAUUGGCAGAGAUGAAUAUUGUCCUAGUGACGGAUACGAUUAUCAGCCCCAAUAAAUUGAAAAUCCUGAAUGAUCCAAACGUCAAAUACUCUUUACAGGUGAGCCAAGGCUCAGGAUAUUACGAAUUCAUCCUCAGUAGUGAUGACAUUGCAGAUGUAAGGUAUGCAGAGCCCACGAAAACUAUCAACAUCAUUCCAAAAAAAUCAGGAACACUUCAGAUUGCUCUAGUAGACCUCUGUUUGGCCUCUCCUCCAGCAGUGGCUGAGAUUGAUGUUCAGCAGUUAGCUGGGAUCGAAGUGGAGAGUGUCAAGAAAGUUGAAAGAGGUCGAUGCAUACCAGCAACUAUCAGAUUAUUCGACACCAAUGGAAAUGUCAUCCAGUUACCUUCACUGGAAUCCUUUGAUAUUCAUGCAGAUAUAGAUAAUUCGUUAAUAGACAUCAAGAAGUUAUCGCCGAGUGAUCAGGGCGAGCCCCCCUAUACGAAGAUCCUCUAUAUGAUUCAUGGAGUGGACGAAGGAUUUUCCAAUGUCAUUUUUUCCAGCGGUUCAGGUGAUCAGGAGAUCAGAAGUGAAUCGUCAUCUAUCCAAGUGUUCUUGCCUCUCAGGAUCACCCAGAGAAACAUCACAGUUCUCAUUGGAACGAUUUAUCAGUUGAUGACGACUGGUGGACCUUCCAAUGCAGCAAUAGAAUUCACUGUUGACCAUGACGAUAUUGUGACUAUUCAUGACGCUGGUAUUUUCGAGGGAAAGGAAAUUGGAAGCACUAGAAUCUCAGCUAGAGCUGUUGGCUUUGAUUCCAGGGGCAAUCGAGUUGUUUAUUCCGAGGAUCACGUGGACAUUCAUGUAGUUGAACUGGAAGGUGUGAAAAUAGUCGUUCCUACAUCCAAAAUCAAGGUGGGAGCUACGAUUCCUCUCUGGGCAUUUGGAAUUCCUGAUAACCUGACGCCUCUCAUCAUCGGAUCUAUGAAGUCUCAGUUGAUAUUCACUUGGUCUACUAGUGACCCCAGUUUAUUAAAUCUCCAUAACAUGUAUGAGGGAACAGGAAUUAAUAUCAGAUAUCAGAACGAAGUGACACUUCGUGCUAAAGCCCUCAAGCCGGGGAUUGCUACAGUCUAUCUCAAUGUAACAGUUCCACUGAAGAGUCUAGCUAGUUACAAAGACGUGGUCACCUUUGGAACGUCCAUGAAGAUCGAGAUAAUUGAAGAGUUAUCAUUAAUACACCCAGAAUUCACCACUGGUGCUCCAGUCAUUCUGAUGACACCUCAUUCAAGUCUGAAAUUAAAGACCAAUAGAGAUCAGCAUGGGGUCACCACCUACAAAAUUCUGAUGUCCGGACAAUCUGGAGAGUCUGAAGAUUCGAAUGCCUUGAUAACAUCCAAGACAGUGACCGUUGACAAGAGUGGACUGAUUAAGUCAGGAGAAUCAUUAGGGAGAACUGUGAUAUCAAUAACGAAUGUGGAAGCUUAUAAUUUAAAGCAAUCACUGACGAUCAUGGUGGAUGUUAAACCCAUCCACUAUAUGAUGUUUUCGCUAUCGUCGAAGGUCCAAAUCAGAUCUGGAGAAGAACUGAAUAUUCUCCCUAAAGGAAUGGAACUAAAUUAUAUUGUUGAAUACUUUGAUACCAUUGGAAGUAAAUUUCACGCGGCUGAGACCAAUCUCAAUACAAUAUCAAAUCGAGGGGAUCUGGUGUCAUUCACUUCCACCGGGAACAAUGAUAUAUCCGUCAAAUUUCAUGAGACUGGAGAGCUAGUUGCCAAGAUUUAUAACGAGAAAUAUCCGAACGGUAUGUUCGAUUACGUUCACAUGAUGAUAGGCGAUAUCAUCUUUCCAAGUAAAACCGUAUUGACUGUUGGUGACGUCGUCUGCUUCUCGAUGCCUCUAUUGUCCUCAGAAACUGGUGAUCCUGGUUUUUGGAGAUCCUCGAAUCCAGAUGUUCUGACAGUGGAUUCAAUAACGGGAAUCGGAAGGGCGAAAAAUCCCGGACAGACGAUUGUUAAACACAGCUUGACGACGGAUAAGCAAGGAGAGAUAGAAGUCAACGUUCAGCCUAUCUCCAAAAUAUCUCUUGUCUUCCUCAGAGGGAAAAAUGUAACAGGGAAUGAAGUGUUCAGUGUUCCUCUGGUUCUGAAGAGCAAGGACGAAGGAAUCAAGGAGAAUAAUGUUCUGGCCAGAGGUCUGGGUGGCUGCAGGACUCGUUCUGAUUUCGUCCUUGAUCAAUUUCCGUUCACCUGUAGCGUUGAAUUCACUUCGACGACUUCUGUCAACAUCAAGGAUGUGUUCAUUGCGCAUCCCAGUUUUGAUAUAGUCUCUGGAUUUUAUUAUUGCGACGUUAUCCCAAUCAGUGACCCCACGCUGAUGUCAAGCACUUUGGAGAUGAAGAUUCAGGUUAAUGCACAGACUAGAGAAGUCGAAGGAAAACCAUUAGAGAUCCCAUAUCUUCCAGCUGUUUUUGUUGGCUCCAGUGAUGUCGUUUUUGUUCAGGGGGCAGGUCAGACUGCCAUUUCAGUGCUGGAGGUUCAUGGACUUCCUGCGGUCCUGGAAUACGUUCAUAUGGAGGCGCCUGAAGGAAUUGCCAUUAGCUCCAGGGAAAUAGUGGGUAAUAAGCUCAUAUUCAAAUUGAGAUUGAUGCACAAUGUGGAGAAUAUGCAGGGACAGAGGUUGCGAAUUUUUAAUGAAAUCACGAAGCAGAAUGUCUCGGUGAUUGUUAGAACAUCCAGGUAUGAGGAUUAUGUGGCUAUUUCGGGUAUUCAUUGGCUGGAUUAUUUGUACUAUCACAGGUAUACAUUUAUCACUUUCCUUGUUCUUAUUUUGACAAUUGUUUAUGUGUGGAAGAGACGGAUUUCUAGUGUUGAUGUCUCGGUUUUGAAUACUAGUGUUUUUGCGGAUAAAUAUCCACCGCCGUUGAGACACUCUCCAAAUCAUACAUUGAAUACGUCGUUCAAUGAAUCUGCCGGGUCUAGUCCUAAGAGAAGUCCUGAGUCACCUUUGAGGCCUUUUUCGGCCUUUGUGCCGGUUUAUGGAGAUCCUAGGGGGUUCUAUACUCCUAAUGGGAGACGAAGAGUCUCGCUCACUCCGUUAUUUGAGGGGGCGGAGAGAGGGUGAGGUGAAACACUUGUGAUAAUCAGAUGAUUCUAGGAAAGUGUGGGGAUAUAAUCAAUCUUUUUCGUAGAAAAUCAUUAAAUUUUGUAGCGUCAUAUGUACAGGUUUAUUUUGCGUUUGAAAACCGAAAUAUCACAAAUAUUUCUAUAGAAUAAGUUUGUACUGUUUCUGUGAGUUUUAAAAAUUUUCUAUAGAUAAUACUUCAUCUACAGCCAUUGUAUAAUUUAAGAUAUAUUUUUUUACGUAAUUAACGGCCAGCCAUAAUUCUUACUGGCUCACGAAGAGACGGUUCAAUUAGUUAUUUCAAUUCUCAAUAUAAACACCAAUACACCCAUUUUUCUAAAUAGACUAGCUAUGAAGAAUGUUUCAUUUGACGUAUAUUAUGUUUUUUUUUUAUUGUUUUAAAUAAUAUAUGAUAUUACUAAUUUUUGUAAUACGUGAAGCGAAAUAUUCUUGGAGAACAAAACAUCGCAGACAGAUUUGUAUUUUAUAGAAAAAUGAUGUUUAGGUAUUUGAUACCAUAAUACACCACGUGUUCAUAUAGUACUUAAUGACUAUCUUUAAGGUUUUCGGGAGUUAAGGGAAUUGUCGAGAGUGAGAAUGAAAGUAUGUGUGAACACGUGAGAUAACUUGUGACUGAAUUUAAUACAACUCUGAACGAGUGAUUGACGGGUUCAUUUUUGUGAAUAUACCUUGUUGUACAUUCUUAAUAAAAAAAUAUGAAAAUUACCAAA